AUUCGAAAUCUAAUGCAAGUCUGGUUGCCUGACCAUAUUUCUGCACUGGCUGUUCCAGUUCUUGACGUCUGUUUUAUCAAAUGUAAAUAAGAAUUUGUGAUAAGAAUGGGUUUGUAAAUAGGACCUGCAAAUUGUGAAUCCUAAGAGAAAACCGCCGUGGAACUCUAAAACCAGUGCAAAAUGAGUUGAGACUCAGUGGAAGUUUUAGAAAGUAUUAUGUACAGUCAACAUGGCGUCGAGAAUAAGUAUUAACUUCUUUUAAAAUGAAUUCAGGCCGCACCGAGUGAUGUUUACCGACAUAUCUGAGUGCAUUCAUUUAAAAAAUAGAGAUUUAUCUAGCUAGUGACACAGUAAACUGCCCUCAGAAUGGCAGAAAAUUUGAAUCAAGCUCAAACGAUCGAGUAUCAAUGGGCCUACUCUAUAAUGGACUCGAGUAGGGUCUCUACCUUCUUGAUUUCCAUGUUACUAAUAGUGUAUGGAUCCUUUCGUUCCCUGAAUAUGGAACAAGAGGCCAGAGACCGAGCAAAUGGAAGCACAAACUGCCUCCUAAACCCUUCACAAACCUCACAGACUGAGAACAAUGUUCAAACCUUAGAUACAAUGCAAGCUUUGUGUCUCCCACUUGGAGCAAGCAUUUCCUUACUUGUUAUGUUUUUUUUCUUUGAUUCUAUGCAAAUGCUUUUUGCAAUCUGUACCGCAAUUAUAGCAACGGUAGCUUUAGCUUUUCUUUUGCUACCAAUGUGUCAAUAUAUCAUAAGGCCAUGUUCUGAUGGUAAUAAGAUUUCUUUUGGGAUGUGUGGAAGGUUCACAGCAGCAGAGCUCUUUUCUUUCAGUUUAUCUGUUUUUAUAGUUUGCAUUUGGAUAUUGACAGGCCAUUGGUUGUUGAUGGAUGCAAUGGGUAUGGGCCUUUGUGUAGCCUUCAUAGCUUUUGUUAGAUUGCCCAGUCUGAAGGUUUCGACUCUACUCCUAACAGGUCUUCUGAUUUAUGAUGUAUUUUGGGUGUUUUUUUCAUCCUAUAUUUUUAGUACUAAUGUAAUGGUCAAGGUAGCUACAAGACCUGCAGACAAUCCUGUGGGCUUAGUGGCUCGUAAGUUCCACUUGAAUGGGAUGGUCAAGGAAGCUCCAAAAUUGAGUUUACCAGGAAAGCUGGUCUUUCCCAGCCUACACAACAGUGGUCACUUCAGUAUGUUGGGUCUUGGAGAUAUCGUAAUGCCAGGGCUUCUAUUGUGUUUUGUACUGCGUUAUGAUGCAUAUAAGAAGGCACAGGGGCUCACUGGUUCCCGACUGACUUAUUUUCAUUGUUCCUUGUUAGGAUACUUUUUGGGAUUGCUGACUGCCACUGUCAGUUCUGAAGUCUUCAAAGCAGCACAGCCUGCAUUGCUCUAUUUAGUACCAUUUACAUUAUUACCUUUACUGACUAUGGCUUAUUUGAAGGGUGAUCUUCGAAGAAUGUGGUCUGAACCAUUCAAGAGUUUAACAUCAUCUAAACACUUUCAGGAUGUGUGAUAACUAUAAAGAACUCGAAUAGUUGUUAAUGAUGUCCAAACGCGGGAAACCAGAGGUAUUAAAAACGUUGAAUCAUACGAAAUUUAAUAUAAAAUCGACAAUAGGCGAGAACACAUGAAUUUCCAGUCACACUCCUUGUUAAGGAGAAACGUAUCACCAGUUUAAGCCAAAGAAACGAUAUUAUUGGUAUACAGGACUCUUGGCGGAAUGCAGUUUCAUUUUAAAUAUGGCUUAAGAACAAAUUUUCACCUGAAAGCAUUUUUAUGAGGAUGAUAUUUCAGUUAUAUAUUUUAUUUUUUUUUUUUUUCGUUUCAUAGUAUUACUAAUAAGUGUGAUUUUCUUUUCUUAUGCAUGAAUUUCAAUUUUUACUGCCAAUUUCUAAAUACGCCUUACUUAAGCGAUAAAGCUCUCGUUAAAUGAAAUCAGGUAAUAGUUUGAGUUUCAACCAAUGUUUAAUCAAUCACCAAUGCCACCUGUCCAUAUUUUAGGUUAGUGUCCUAUGUUGAUAACUCUGUGGUAUAGUUUCUUAUAAUCAUUGAAUUUUUCACAUAACUCUGUCCUACUGGAGAAAUAAGUUUUUUGAGUGACUAAAUUUAUAGUGAUACUUUAAGAUAGUUAUAUUGACGAACGUGUUUUCCGAGUUAUUUUAUAGAUUUUCUGUGAUAAAAAUAAGUGAAAACUUAAAUUUUUUUUGUAUAGAUGAUAUUAUAUUCUUCAUUAAUUCAGUUUUAGUCGAAUAAACUGUUCUUAACUAGGCAGAUUGCUCCUUACUACGGAAGAUAUUUAUUAUUCAACUACCAUGGAUAAAUUUCAUUCCUAUUGUGCUUUCAGUUAAUUGGAAUGUUGAAUUUUUUCUUUGCUUUAACUCUUUUAUCGGGCCUCUCCUUUUUGAAGUUUUUGUAAGUUUGUUACUUGUUUUUUUUAUAUUCUUGUAAUAUUGAAAUAAAUUAUCUUUAACAAUA